UUACACAAAUACACCUACACUAAUGUCUCAGAAGUUGUGGAGAGCAAAACUGUGCUUAUUUUUUUGCCUGACUGUUGUAGAUUUCACUAAGAUCCUCUAAUAUCUUUCUUUUGAAUGGUCUUUUGUUCUUUCAGGCCUAAGUCAAUAAGUAACUGUUUUUCCUUAGAAAUAUAAAGUUUCAUGUUUUUGUAGGAAACAGAAAGGAGACCGAUCAUGGCAGUAGUUGGACUGUCCUUUUUUGUUGUGGCUUUUUCCUUCUUAGUUACUAUUCACAGCAGGCCAGCAGGGAUCCACCUGCGUAACAUGGACAGCUUCAUCCAAGCUGUUCAGCAGGUGGAAGACUCAAACCCCGGUCUUUCACCUCUGGCUCUGGUCAGGGCCCUGCGGAGGACUGCAGGCCAUGAUGACAUGAUGACCAUCCAUUUCUUGGGCUCCUCUUAUAAUCUGAGUGAUGAUGAGGUGCUAAAGACGGCCAUCCUCAAUGCCUCUUCCUUUAGCUUUUUUGACAAGGCCAUCCACCACAUUGUGACAAACCAAGGAGAGGAACGAGGGGUGGUACUUGCUCCAGAUGGCACCACAGUGGCCCUAGCACCUUUACUGCUGGGAAUUGAAUCAGGACUUAUGGCCAAGAGUGAGAGGACACCAGCUGUUGGGAUCUUCCCCCUCACCUUAGGCAGGACACUAGGUCUGUCCUUCUUAAGCCUCCAGGACUUCCCAGCACCUAGUCGUCUGGGGCCUAACGGGUGCUGGGACAAUGUAGAAAGCCCCAAGGUGUUCAAGCUCUCUCGUCCGCCCACUCUGGCCACUGAUGCUGUUAUUAGUGGAGGCAUGGAUGGCGCUAUACUGGGCACAGACAUUAGUAACUUACCUGCAUCUGAACAGCCACAGCCUCUCAGUGAGAUCUUAAGAGGAUUCUACAGAUUCAACCUGAGUGAAGAGCAGGGCCUCGAUGCUGUGACCAGCCAUAUUAGCCCAAGGAGAAGAGAGAUCUCUAGAUCUAUUUUGGAGCCGCUGGAUCUUUACAACCAGGUGAUGGAGACGCUAACAUUAGUGUGGAGGUUAGAGAAGACAGAAUGGUUUGCACAAGAUACUGGAGUGGGGAAGGCAGUGAAGGAUGGAUUGCAGGCCUUUGUGCAUAAAUACUGGGACUGCCCUCAGAUCAUCCCUCGAUGUCAGUGGGGCGCGGAAGAUUUACGCGGCACACCCAUCCCGUUGUCUCUGCCCCUCCAGUUCCUCUAUGUUCAUCACACCUACCAGCCAUCUUCCCCAUGUGUAACCUUCCCAAGCUGCUCUCGCAACAUGAGAUCCAUGCAGAGAUUUCACCAGGAUGAUCGUGGCUGGAAUGACAUAGGAUACAGCUUUGUGGUUGGCUCAGAUGGCUACAUCUAUGAGGGCAGUGGUUGGACUAUCCGUGGCACACACACCAGGGGGCGCAACUCGUUGGGGUAUGGCGUGUCAAUUAUUGGUAAUUACACUGCCACCCUGCCGUCUCGCCACGCCAUGGACCUGCUGCGUCAUCAUCUUACCCGGUGUGCAGUAGAUGGAGGAAAACUUGCAGCCAACUUCACCAUCCAGGGCCACAGACAGGUGGUGAACUACACUACAUGUCCUGGAGAAGCAUUCUUUUCAGAGAUAAGAAACUGGGAACAAUUCAGGGACUGACACGACCCCAAUGAAUUCUGACUUCAAAAUACAGAAGACCAAGAAGACUUACCAACCUUAUUAAAUGUGAUUGUUUCCUAUACCUGUCCAUCUCUUUAUUGCACCAGGUCAAUCA